GAUCUGAGAGCUCGGGCGGAGAGAGGGAGGACGGCGCGUGUUCGGGAGCCUCCGUGGGGAGCCGGCGGGCGCGUGGGGCCCUGCGGCCUGAGCUGGGAGGCAGCAGCCUGGCGGAGAGCGCGGCGCGGCCCAAACCCCUCCUCCCGGCAAACUUUCGGGAGGCCGGCUUUUCAAGGAAACGAAACCGAAAUUGACCCAGAGCCAUCUUGCUGCCGCAGACACCUGGCGUGGGGCGAUGCGCGCGGCUGGGCGCUAUGGAAUCGAGGCAGGGACACCGUUCCCACCCCAGCCAGGACAAUGAGCAUGGCAAGGCCACACAGCAGCCGUUGGGGCCAGGAUCAUACCUUAACAAUUUCCAACUCCAGCAAAUAGAGUUUCUCAAGGGCCGGCUUCCAGAAGUGCCCCUGCCUGGAAAACAGACACCAUUACUGCCACUGCCACCACCAUUCCUCCCAGGACUCUUCCCCGGAUUCCGGCCAGGGUAUCCAGGACCCCCUGCUGGAGGCGGGCAACUAGAGAUCAGGGGUGUCCCCAGGGCGGCACCUUUCAGAAGGCCGAGGCUCCAGGUAGGAUCCCAGUUUCCUUCACCACGCAGCAGAGUGCCAUGGAGAGGUAUUGAUGGGAUUUCCUCACAAUUCCAGGACCUGAGCAUCAGCCAGGAUCAGGAGCAAAGGAUCUUAGCAGUCUUGGAAGAGCUUGGAGAACAGUCAGCCACCACAGCACGUGAUCUGGGCAGGAAGCUCAGGGUGCCGAAGAAGGAAGUCAAUCACUUUUUAUACUCCCUGGCGAAGAAGGGUAAGCUGCGAAGGGGGGCAGGAACACCCCCUUUAUGGAGCAUUGCAGCCUCAGUUCAGGCGCAGAACGAGCCUGGUGAAGCAGUGAGACCAGACAUUCACAGCCCAGGAGCCCCAAACCCACAGCCCAGCUUGGGAGCUGAGGACAGAAUCUCCAAGUCUGAUUUAGAAGAUCCUCCUGAGCCUUUUGACAUGGCUGAGAUCAAGGAGAAAAUCUGUGCCUACCUGUUCAAUGUAUCUAACUCCUCUGCCCUGAAUCUGGCUAAAAAUAUUGGCCUCACCAAGGCCCGAGAUGUAAAUACAGUGCUGACUGACUUGGAGAGGCAGGGGGAUGUCUACAGGCAAGGGGCAACACCUGGCAUAUGGCACCUGACAGACAAGAAGCGUGAGAGGAUGCAAGUCAGGAGAAACGUGCACAGUGUCCCUGCGGCCACACCACCUGCUGUUUCCGAGCCUAGAAAAAGUGCCGCACUCCCCCCCUGUCACUUAGCCCCAUCAGAUGCUUCAAACAAGGUCGUGGCCACAGCAAAGGUGCAGAAUGGGCAGGAGCCUGUCGUAAAGCUAGAAAGUAGAGAAGAGGCCCGACCAAGACCAAUGAGACUGAGGCCACCGUUCUAUCACGGUAACCCUUCAAAAGCAGGGUAUGUGGACUUUGAAAAUGGCCAGUGGGCCACAGAUGACAUCCCAGAUGAUUUGAACAGUAUCCGCGCAGCACCAGGUGAGUUUCGAGCCAUCAUGGAGAUGCCCUCCUUCUACAGCCCUGGCUUGCCACGGUGUUCAUCCUACAAGAAGCUGACAGAGUGCCAGCUGAAGAACCCCGUCAGCGGGCUGUUAGAGUAUGCACAGUUCACUAGUCAGACCUGUGAGUUCCACCUCAUAGAGCAGAGCGGACCGUCCCAUGAACCUCGAUUUAAAUACCAGGUUGUCAUCAGUGGCCGAGAGUUUCCCCCAGCUGAAGCUGGCAGCAAGAAAGUGGCAAAGCAGGAUGCAGCCAUGAAAGCUAUGACAAUUCUGCUUCGGGAAGCCAAAGCUCAGGACAGUGGGAAGCCCGAAGAUUUAUCCCUCUGUUCCACAGAGGUGGAGUCAGAGAAGACAGCAGAACCCCAGCCCCCCACCCCUUCAGCCUCAUCCUUGUUUUCUGGGAAGAGCCCUGUCACAACCCUGCUCGAGUGUAUGCACAAAUUGGGGAACUCCUGUGAAUUCCGUCUCCUAUCCAAAGAAGGACCUGCCCACGACCCCAAGUUCCAGUACUGUGUUGCAGUGGGGGCCCAAACUUUCCCCACUGUGAGCGCCCCCAGCAAAAAGGUGGCAAAGCAGAUGGCAGCAGAGGAAGCCAUGAAGGCCUUGCAUGAAGAAGCCACCAGCGUGGCUGACAACCAGUCUGAAAGUGCGAACUCGGAAUCGCUGGAGACUUCAGAGUCUGGGGUGCCCAGCAGUAUCCGGAGGGUCAGUGAGCUUGUCAGGUACCUGAACACCAACCCCGUGGGUGGCCUGCUGGAGUACGCCCGCUCACACGGCUUCGCCGCCGAGUUCAAGCUGGUUGACCAGUCAGGACCUCCGCACGAGCCAAAGUUCGUUUACCAAGCAAAAGUUGGGGGCCGCUGGUUUCCAGCCGUCUGCGCACACAGCAAGAAGCAAGGCAAGCAGGAAGCAGCGGACGCGGCCCUCCGUGUCUUGAUUGGGGAGAACGAGAAGGCAGAACGCAUGGGUUUCACAGAGGUAACCCCAGUGACAGGGGCCAGUCUCAGAAGAACUAUGCUCCUCCUCUCCAGGUCCCCAGAUGCACAGCCAAAGACACUCCCGCUCACUGGCAGCACCUUCCACGACCAGAUCGCAAUGCUGAGCCACCGGUGCUUCAACACCCUCACCAAUAGUUUCCAGCCCUCCUUGCUUGGCCGGAAGAUCCUGGCCGCCAUCAUCAUGAAGAAGGACUCAGAGGACAUGGGUGUGGUGGUCAGCUUGGGGACAGGGAAUCGCUGUGUGAAAGGAGACUCUCUCAGCCUGAAGGGAGAAACCGUCAAUGACUGCCAUGCAGAAAUUAUCUCCCGGAGGGGCUUCAUCAGGUUUCUCUACAGCGAGUUAAUGAAAUACAACUCCCAGACUGCAAAGGAUAGUAUAUUUGAGCCUGCUAGGGGAGGAGAGAAACUCCAAAUAAAAAAGUCUGUUUCGUUUCAUCUUUACAUCAGCACCGCCCCGUGUGGCGAUGGCGCUCUCUUCGACAAGUCCUGUAGUGACCGGGCUGUGGAAAGCACAAAUUCUCGCCACUACCCUGUCUUCGAGAAUCCCAAGCAAGGCAAGCUCCGCACAAAGGUGGAGAAUGGGGAGGGCACAAUCCCGGUAGAGUCCAGUGACAUUGUGCCUACAUGGGAUGGCAUUCGGCUUGGAGAGAGGCUCCGGACCAUGUCGUGCAGUGACAAGAUCCUGCGCUGGAACGUGCUAGGCCUACAGGGGGCGCUGUUGACCCACUUCCUCCAUCCUGUGUAUCUCAAAUCUGUCACGCUGGGUUACCUUUUCAGCCAAGGGCAUCUGACCCGUGCUAUUUGCUGUCGUGUGACAAGAGACGGGAGUGCCUUUGAGGAUGGACUGCGAUACCCCUUUAUUGUCAACCACCCCAAGGUGGGCCGGGUCAGCGUAUAUGAUUCCAAGAGGCAGUCCGGGAAGACUAAAGAGACGAGCGUCAACUGGUGUUUGGCUGAUGGCUACGACCUAGAGAUCCUGGACGGCACCAGGGGCACGGUGGACGGGCCACGGAAUGAAUUGUCCCGAGUAUCCAAGAAGAACAUUUUUCUGCAAUUUAAGAAGCUCUGUUCCUUCCGUUGCCGCAGGGAUUUACUGAAACUCUCCUAUGGUGAGGCCAAAAAAGCUGCCCGAGACUACGAGAUAACCAAGAACUACUUCAAAAGAAGCCUGAAGGACAUGGGUUAUGGGAACUGGAUAAGCAAACCCCAGGAGGAGAAGAACUUCUACCUCUGCCCGGUGCCUAACGACUGAGGCGGCUGCCGCGCUGGUGAGAGGGAGGUUGUAGCAUCCUCACAUUCCUCAUCCAUUGGCCAGGGCCUUACGGUUUUGUUUUGCUUUGACUUUUGUUUUUAAUGGAGUCAUCAUUGCUGAUACUGAGGAUUGUGGAUUCCCAUUUGUCCUGCUUCUUUGGGGUUUCUAGGCAGGGCCUCAUCAGGCUUCUGGCUUUUUCCCAGGUAAGCAGAGACUCGGAGGAAGUUUGGAAAAGGGUUUAUUUUUCCACCAAAAGCAUACACACUCACCAGGCACCCGCAGCCCACCCCCCUUCAGUUGUGUCUGGCGUUUUCCACUUCCUUUUCCUCUGUGUUUGCUACACUGACCUCUUGUAGACUGGAUUAGCUUCCGGUCAUUUCUUUGCGAUCGUGGCAGGAACUCCAGACGCACAGGCCCCUGCACCUCCCCUUCUGAGUCCUUCCCGCAGUCAGGCUCCCCCCAGCCACCCGGAGGGGAAAGAGGUGAGCUUGGAGAGUCUGGAGCAGUGUUCACGAGGGCAGGAGUUGGAGAGCCCAUGGAAACGCAGUUGGCAUUUGCAGACCGUGCGCGGCAUCGGGCUUUUGCCCUGCAGCCAGCUGGAGAAGCUGCUGCUCGGGAAGUGUGUCCCUUCCUUCCCCGGGCAGCAGGGGGCUGAGAGCCAGCCAGAGUGGGCAAGGCAAGUUGCUCAAGCCGUCACUGAGGUUCCCCUCAGGACGGCACAUAUUCCGCGGAGCGUCACCGGGCUCCGUCUGCCCCACAGUCCAGCGCAUUCCUGGAAGUAGGCCCUGCCUGUGCAGGGAAGCGGUAAUCGCAGCCAGCCAGAGGAGAGAAUCCAGGCCAGAUCCCCGAGGGCCAAUCAUCUCCACUCAGAUGGUCAGGACAUGGCAAGAAUAAAGGCAGAAAUCACGUUGGGUUAGAUCACUGUUCCACCCGGUAUACUUCUCAUGGCAGUGAUACAAGGGAAGUUGACUAAGCCAUGUGUAAAUUUAGUUUUUAAAAGAAUGCCAGAGAUGUUGAUGCAUUGCUCUAGUUGCACAGAUUUAAAAUUCAGAUGUAUUUUUCCCCAUUCAUCCGUGUUUUCAUUUAGCUGUAGCUUUGGAAGCUGGUGGGCAGGGCGGCCUGAUGGAUGGGAGACCACAGCUGUAGGUGAAGGGCAGGCCUCCUCGGACUCUGUGGGGUCACCUCUGUGUGCACCUCCACCGUGGUCUGCGAUGCCUGGAACCCUGGGGAGGUUCAGCCUGUGGGGCUCCAGAGUCUUAGGAGGACCGUGCAGCCCCUGCCUCCUCCGAGACCAUACUGCCACUGUGCUCUGGACGACCCUGGGCUGCACCCAGACCCCCACUCGAGUUUUGGUGCCUCCCUACCCUGCGAACUGCUGUCUGGCCCACCUCUUCCAACAGUAGCUACAUCCCUGUUUGCACUUUUACAGUGGCUCCUUAUACUUUCUGUACCUGUGACCAAAAAUUGACCAAAACAUGUGUUUAGCAUACACAGGCUGUCUGCAGACAUGAAAGCACUUGGCGCCUGUCCUAGGGACGGCAGUGGCUGCUCCCCAACUCUGCAUAUCACCAGCUUGGACCUGAGCUGCCGGCGUAGUAAAUGUCCUGGUAGCUGCCUGGGGAGGAGCAGUGCUGUGGGCCCAGCCUGACAGGAAGCCUCCCUGCCCAGGUUCUGCAGGCUGAGGGCUGCACUGUAAUUCCUUGGGAUGUUUGGCCGUCUGGCCCCUUGGGCAUCGGUCGGGCAGGGCUGACACAGCUGUGUCGCUCACCCGAGGAGCACAGGGGCUCGGAGAACAGCCUGAGAGCUUAGCUAGCACCUGCAGUAGUCUGGUUCCACUGUGGGAGGAGCAAGGCUCCUGCAGCCACACCUGCUGGAACUGAGCACAGCGGGCCCACGGCGGACAGGGGUGGAGCUUCACCGUGUCCACCUUCUGUCCAGUCUUUAGUGCUGAGGAGGCUCCUCCCCCUUUUUAAUGACUUUUGUAGUUGAUGUGUCUGAACUGUGGCUGUUGUGCAUUGUGAAUAACCACUCGUCCAUGCUUGAAGCUAUUUCCUUUACUCAAGUUGAAGGGACGUUGUUGGCCUUGGGGUCUUGACCAUGACCCCAUGAGCAGAGUGGGAGAGAGCCUAGGCAUAGCCUUGGUGCCACAAUGGCUGCAGUCCAGUUUUAGGAUUCUGCUUUUUGUGCCCCUUAAUUCUAAAAAUAUACAUUCCUCAAAUAAAAACAGAAAAUCUGAAUUAGGAAGUGUGAAGUCUUGUCUCCCGGGCUGACAUCACCAGCUGCGUCUGACACGGACCUGGAGAGAGGGCACCUAAGAGCCAUAGGACCCUUGGGGCGGGGCUUCAAGGCCAGAACAGGAAGGACCCAGAGGCCUGUGUAGAGUGAGCUGCAGCGCAGCUGGAAUUAGAGAUGCGCUCUGGCUCCCUUGCGCCUCGGGUAAAGCUGUGACUCCCUCUUUCCACAAUGAGACUUACUCCAGAAUUCUGAAAGAUGCAUCCCUAACCUUCUAACACUGCCAUCGUACCAGUGGACACAAAGUAGCCGGCAGUGAGGCUCAGGCACCAUGGACGUGUCCAUUCUGACAGUGGAGCCAGUGCCAUGUCCAGGAGCCUCACACUUAACCACCAGAACUC